GAGGUGAAUUCCAGCUGCUACGAGUUUGUAAACGGACACGUCGUGUUCAGGGGCUGGUGUGGAGCAGCAGUGGUGACACACCAAGCAGUGCACAGGAGUGUGUGUAGCAGCAGUGGUGAUACAGGAGUGUGUGUAGCAGCAGUGGUGACACACCAAGGAGCGCUCAGGAGCACGGAGGCGAACUGCUGAGGAGAAGAGGGGGGGGUGAUCCAGCAUUUAUUUUACGCAGGAAGUGAUGCGGGACCCGGCGUGCUGCCCCCGUACGGUUCCUUUCCUGUAGCAGGAUGCGACGCGGUGACGUUCCAGCGAAACUGUCCUUGCUCCUCAUGUGUUUACGCGCAGACGAGAUUACAGGGAAACAGCUUGCCGGGGGCAGGCAGCUGCUGUUUCCUGCGAUUUGCCACGGUAACCUGGGGGACGAGGCCAGGAUGCCGUGGGGGAAAAUUGCGGCUCAGGCCCGACUGCGCCGUGCGGGCAACGCCAAUGGACUACCGAAGGCCAGGGACCCCAGCCCCACCGAGAUGAGCGUGGAGCCCUGGGCGCUGGACACUCAGGACCAGGCCACGUCGGAUCAGUGCCCCGAGCCGGAGCAGCCAGACAAGCUGUGCCUCGACUCGUUCUGGAGCGAGGUGGAGACCAUCCGCAGCAGCAGCAGCUUCUCCGAGCCCAACCCCAACCGACGAGAUUCCAAACAGUCCGAAGAGGGUGAGCAGGAGGAGCAGUGGCUUCAGGAUGCGGGCCUGUCUCCUCUGAUCCAGGAGGACGGAGAGGACGUGGACCAGGUGCUGCUGCUGUCCACCCUGACUCGCACGCAAGCGGCCGCCGUCCAGCGGCGCCUGGACUCCUACACCUGCUCGCUACGCAAGAAGAACAAGCCCCCCCCACGAGACGUGAGGGACAUCUUCAACCCCCCACACUCACAGGGUCCUCUGACGGAGCGUCAGGAUUCUGAGGAGAAGCAGGAACCUCGGAGAAGCAUGGAGACCAUCUCCAAAACCCCUCUCUCAGAGAGGUCAGUGAGCGUAGACUGUCAGAGUGGACUGCCCAAGGAGGAGAUCUUCAUCACAGACGUGGCGUACUGCGAACAGGCAGCCAUUCUGCUGAAACAGGCCAAGCUGCCGCAGACCACCAGCCAGCGACGCAAAGAUGACGGCACACUUCCUAGAGUCGUCUGCCCCCAGUGCAGGCUAGGCGUGACCCGCAUCCCUGACCUCUCGCAGCAGGACAUGAAGAAGGUCCGCCAGCUCGCCCUCAUCGACAUGACGGCCCUGUGUGACCUGUUGGAACUGGACGUCAAGCGCCACAAGACCGUCAAGAGGAAGAUCUCAGACAGCUCACUCUUUGGGGUCCCUCUGGCAACGUUGGUGGAGAAUGACCAGAAAGUCAAGGCCAACACAAACAUUCCCCUCAUCCUGCAGUCGCUGCUGUCUUUCCUGGAGAAAAAGGGCAUUGACUCUGAAGGGAUCUUGCGGGUCUCAGGAUCCCAAGCCAGAAUCAAGCUCCUGCAGCAGAAGCUGGAGAGCACGUUCUACUCGAGCAACUUCAGCUGGGACGAGGUGAGUCCUAACGACGUGGCGGCGCUCCUGAAGAAGUUCAUCCGGGAGCUGCCCUCUCCGUUACUGACCGCCGAGCACCUCAACACCUUUAACGCCGUCAGGGAUAUCCCUGAUCUGAAGCAGAGGCUUCACGUGCUCAACCUGCUCAUUCUCCUUCUGCCUGAGCCCAACAGGAACACACUCAAGGCUCUGCUGGAGUUCCUGAGUAAGGUGGUCUCGCGCGAGCGCCGCAACCGCAUGAAUCUGUGGGCCGUAUCCACCAUCAUGGCGCCCAACCUCUUCCUGCACAAGUCCGUGCCCAGCCGCCUAGACGGGGCCGACAAGGGCCAGGCCGAGCGUGCCGCGGACAUCAUGAGGCUCCUCAUCCGCUACCAGGACCUGCUCUGGACGAUUCCUAAUUUCCUGAUGAGCCAGGUGCGGAAGCUGAACGAGAACAGUAACCGUCGGUACCAGUUCUACGACAAGCGCAUCAAGAACCUGCUGAGAAAGAUCCACACAGACAGCAGGGACAAGCCAGACAAGAACUCCACAGAGCCCUGCCGCACGGUGAAGGUCGAGGUGGGCGGCGCUCUGGGCAGCACCAUGGAGAGAGUCUCGAUCUCAACUCGGCGUGCUCCAACCUGCGCGUGCUGCCGGGACUGCCCCUCCUCGACAGCGACGAUGCAGGUGUGCCUGGGCGGAGGCCACCCCGAAUAA